GGCAAGAUAUCCGUCGAAGACGUCCUCCAUUGCGUCAAACGGGAUGAACGCAAGUACUCCAGAGUUAGGGAUCUCUUGUCGAUGAAUGAAGAGCUGAAGAAAGCGAGGAAAGCCUUCGACGAGAUUAAGUAUGUGUCCAACGCUUGA